GCAGCGCCCAGGAUGCGGGCUCCGUCUCUCUCGUGGCUGGCGCUUGUGCUGUCAGCUGUGGGGGCUCUGCUGAGGGCCGGGACCCCCGGAGAAGAGGUCUCCAGCACCCCAGCUUUGCCUGGGGAGCCAGCCACAGGCACCGGGGGCCUCAUCUUCCACCAGGACUGGGACUGGCCGCCAGGCAGCCCCCAAGAACCCCUGGGGUGCUUGGUGACGCUGGACGAGGGUGGCAACCAGAGCAGCGCCCCGCUGCGGGUGGCGGGGGCCCUGAGCGGCUACGAGCAGGCCUUCCUGGAGGCCGUGCAGCGCACCCACUGGAGCCCCCGCGACCUGCCCACCUUCGGGGUCUGCUCCCCUGCCGACCGGCAGGCGGCCGUACCAUCUCUGCAGCGCCUGCAGGCCUGGCUGGGGGCACCCUGGGGGCAGCGGCUGGUGGUCCUGCACCUGGAGGAAGUGAUGUGGGAGCCGACGCCCUCGCUGAGGUUCCAGGAGCCCCCAUCUGGAGGAGCCAACCCCCUGGAGCCAGCGCUGCUGGUGCUGUACGCCGGGCCCGGCCCUGAGGUCACUGUCACGGGGGCCGGGCUGCCAGGGGCCCAGAGCCUCUGCCCGUCCCCGGACACCCGCUACCUGGCGCUGGCCGUCGACCACCCAGCACGGGCCUGGCGCCACCCUGGGCUCAUCCUGACCCUGCAGCCUCGCGGAGACGGUGCCCCCCUGAGCACGGCCCAGCUGCAGACGCUGCUGUUCGGCGCCGACCCCCGCUGCUUCACGCGGAUGACCCCCGCCCUGUUCCUGCUGCAGCGGCCGGGGCCCGCGCCCAUGCCCGCGCACGGCCGACUCGACACGGUGCCCUUCCCGCCAGCCAGGCCGUCCCCGGAGCCCGAGGAGCCGCGGCCCAGCGCCGACCCCUUCCUGGAGACGCUCACGCGCCUGGUGCGCGCGCUGCGGGGGCCCCCGACUCCGGCCUCGCCGCCACGCCUGGCCCUGGACCCGGGCGCGCUGGCCAGCUUCCCGCAGGGCCUGGUCAACCUGUCGGACCCCGCGGCGCUGGAGCGCCUGCUCGACGGCGAGGAGCCGCUGCUGCUGCUGCUGCCGCCCACCGCGGCCGCUGCCGGGGACCCCGCGCCAUUGCCGGACCCCGCGUCGGCGCCCUGGGCCGCGGGCCUGGCGCGCCGCGUGGCCGCCGAGCUGCAGGCGGCGGCGGCCGAGCUGCGCAGCCUCCCGGGGCUGCCCCCCGCCGCAGAGCCGCUGCUGGCGCGCCUGCUCGCACUGUGCCCGGGGGACGCCGAGGACCAGGGCGGCCCGGGCGGCCCGCUGCGCGCGCUGCUGCUGCUGAAGGCGCUGCAAGGCCUGCGCGCCGAGUGGCGCGGGCGCGAGCGGAGCGGGCCCGGGCGGGCGCAGCGCAACGCGGGGGCCGGGGCCGCCGACGGGCCGUGCGCGCUGCGCGAGCUGCGCGUGGACUUGCGCGCCGAGCGCUCCGUGCUCAUCCCCGAGACGUACCAGGCCAACAACUGCCAGGGCGCGUGCGGCUGGCCGCAGUCGGACCGCAACCCGCGCUACGGCAACCACGUGGUGCUGCUGCUAAAGAUGCAGGCCCGCGGCGCCGCCCUGGCGCGCGCGCCCUGCUGCGUGCCCACUGCCUACGCGGGCAAGCUGCUCAUCAGCCUGUCCGAGGAGCGCAUCAGCGCGCACCACGUGCCCAACAUGGUGGCCACCGAGUGCGGCUGCCGGUGACCCG